GUCAUGGUAGUUCCCCGUUUCGCCGCGAGGUAGCGUGUCGGCUGGCCAGCUUGAACGUGGUGUGCUGCUGAGGUUACUCAAUAAAUCAAUUUUUUUCCUUAAAGUAGGCGUUUAGAUUGCUGAAGAUGGCCGAAGAAGAGAAUGUAAAUAUCGAGCCUUACGAGGAGGAGGAGGAGGAGCCGACAAACUACAAGCCUCCGCCAGAGAAGAGUCUUGAGGAGAUGAUCAACCAGGACCAGGACGACGAGUCUCUCCGCAAGUACAAGGAAACCCUCCUCGGAGGCUCAGCUGGUGGCGCUGUUGUUGUGGAUCCCAGUAACCCAAAACGUGUGCUGGUCAGGAAGUUAGUGUUGGUUGCAGAGGACCAACCUGAGAUGGUGCUUGAUCUCACCACACAAUUGGAUACUCUUAAGGAUAAACCAUUUACUAUAAAGGAGGGCAUUAGCUACAGGAUUCGCAUUGAAUUUCAUGUGCAGCGAGAAAUUGUGACUGGACUGAAAUACAUCCAGCGAAGCUAUAGGAAGGGCAUUGCUGUGGACAAAAUGACACACAUGGUUGGAUCGUAUGCUCCUAAGGAAGAAAUUCAAUCCUACACGACACCCAUGGAAGAUGCCCCCUCGGGUCUUAUUGCACGUGGGCAUUACACAGUCAAGUCCCUCUUCACCGAUGAUGAUGGCAAUGAACACCUGAAGUGGGAGUGGUCCUUUGACAUCAAGAAAGAUUGGAACUGAACACUGGCAGAAGGUGUAAGGCAGUGAACAACACGUAGAAUGGAAGGAAGAUUAAGAGUGGAUUGUAUUGUUCAAUCAGGGAAUAAAUGAGAUUUUUGGCCUGUUUUAUAUUACUAUAAUGAAUGUUUGAAGCAUGGAGAAAAUAUAGAAAAUUAAAUGAAUUUAUGUAUUUUUUGAAGUCAUCGUAUAUUAUGGCCAAAUUGUGCCUGUGUUGAGGGCCUUGAUAGUUUGGUAAGCAUCAACAAUAACUAACAUUUCUGUAGGUAAGUGUGGUUAUAUAACUAUAUAGCAUAUCCAUAAAUGGAAUUGUGUGCUCAGGCAUUCAGUGACAAUAGGAUUUAUCAUAUAAGCCUUUUUUAGGUUUGUUUUUGCUGCCCCCUUUCUUUUUCAUAUAUAUGAUUGGUCAUUGUAGGCAUUCCCAGUAACUUGGAGCAAAAGGUGACUAGCUUUUCUUUCCAACAACCAAAGCUGUACUGUCUAGGGUUACUUCAUGGAGAUGACAAUUAGAGUAAAGUAUUAUGCAUUAGAUAUAGGAAUUCAGUAUGAUGUUUGAUUUUUGUGAUUUACCAGUGAUACUUUGUCACGUACCCCUCAUGGUUUGUUGCCCAUAACAGCAUUGAGGCUGUCAAGGUGACUGGGUGAAUAAUACGCACAAUCUAGAAGUGUUCCCAAGGCUUCCCUGUUGGAAUGGUGUUAUGGAACUUUGUACUGGUACCAGUGAUUUACCCUAUCCAAUCCUCUCUCACCUCUUUACGUCUUUUCUCUUACAAGGCUUUUAUAAAAAUUCCAAAUUACGUGCUCUUAGCAUUCCAAGCAUCUAUAGGUAACAGAAUUGUAAUCCAGUUAUUUUCGUGAAAGGAGCAUUGCAUGAAAAAAGGUUGCUAGAUGUGAAAUAUUGUUGGAUCUCCCUUUGAAAUUGUAUUUCCAUCUCUCCUUUUCAUUAUCAGAUUAGCAGUGAGAGCCAGAUUUAAAAGCCAGGAGACUAUUGUGCCAUUAAUA